CAGCACGUCUUGAGAUUAAAAACACAGACUUCACCGCUUCUCUGUACAUAAAGGAGGCGAUUCGCAUAGAUGGAGGUCAAUAUACCCUUUUAUUAAAAAAUAUUGGUGGAGAAAGGUCGGUAAAUAUCAAUGUCAAAGUUUUAGACAGACCUGGUCCACCUGAAGGACCAAUUCAAAUCUAUGCAGUGACAAGUGAAAAAUGCUGCAUUUCUUGGAAACCACCUCAGCAAGAUGGGGGGGCUAAUGUAUCCCAUUACAUUGUUGAAAGAAGAGAGACAAGCAGACUAGUUUGGACUGUAGUGGACUCUGAAGUUCACACUCUUAGUCUGAAAAUCACAAAACUUCACCCUGGUAAUGAGUACAUUUUUAGAGUAAUUCCUAUUAACAGGUAUGGAAUUGGUGAGCCUUUGGAAUCGGAUCCAGUCAUUGCUACUAAUUCAUUUGUUGCACCAACUGCACCAACAGGUGUUGAAGUGUCCAGUAUCACUAAAGAUUCCAUGGUUAUCACCUGGGAAAGACCAGAUAAUGAUGGUGGCAGCCCAAUUAUGGGGUUUGUUGUUGAAAAACGUGACAAAGAUGGGGUGCGCUGGACAAGAUGCAACAAGCGUGAUGUGACUGACCUCCGCUUCAGAGUUACAGGGCUGAUUGAAAGUCGAAGCUAUGAAUUCAGAGUGUCUGCUGAAAAUGCAGCUGGAGUUGGAUCACCUAGUGUGGCAACUUCUCUCCAGGAGGCAAUGGAUCCUGUUUUCAAACCAGGACCUCCAAAUAAUCCCAAAGUAAUUGACAUAUCACAAUCAUCUGUAGUACUUUCAUGGGGUAAACCCAUCUAUGAUGGUGAUUGUGAAAUUGAAGCAUACAUUGUGGAAGCCUGUGAAUCCACCUCAGAUGAAUGGACAGUGUGUACCCCACCUACAGGAAUCACACAGACAACAUUUGAGGUAACAAAACUUCUAGAAAAACAUAAAUACAAAUUCAGAAUCUGUGCCAUAAAUAAGAUGGGAGCAGGUGAGUUUGCUAAUCUGCCUGCACCAAUCCUCCUUGAGGAAAAACUAGAGGCACCAGACCUUGACCUUGAUGCUGGCCUCAGAAAAAUGAUCAAUAUCAAAGCUGGAAGUACCUUGCAAGUAUCCAUUCCAAUCAGAGGUCGUCCUGCACCUGAAGUGAAAUGGAGAAAAACUGAUGGUAAAAUGAAAGAAACCGCUCAAAUCAACACAACAAGCAGCCAUACCUCCCUUGUUAUUGAAAAUGUUGAUAGAUUUGACAGCGGAAAAUACACAGUGACUGUUGAGAAUACAAGUGGUAUUAAAUCUGCCUUCAUCCGUGUGGGAGUGCUUGACACACCUAGUCCACCUCAGAACUUAACUGUCAAGGAGAUCACCAAGAAUUCCAUCACUCUUACUUGGGAGUCACCUGCUUUAGAUAGUGGAGCUAAGAUAAAACAUUACAUAGUCGAGAAGAGGGAGAGCACCAGAAAGGCAUACUCUCCAGUUGUGACUUGCAACAAAAUGUCAUGGAAGGUAGAUCAACUCCAAGAGGGCUGCAGCUAUUUCUUCCGAGUUCUUGCUGAAACUGAACUGGGCAUUGGCUUACCAGCUGAAACUCCUGAGCCUCUCAAGAUUUCAGAGGUCCCAGAACCACCUGGUCGAAUUACCAUUGUGGAUGUUACAAGGAGAGGUAUUUCACUUGCCUGGGAGAAACCUAAUCAUGAUGGAGGCAGCAAGAUAAGCCACUAUGAAGUUGAGAUGCAAGUAAAGGACACUGACAAAUGGUCUUUGUGUGCUCAAGUCAAGGCACUUGAAAUUCUAGUCACUAAUUUGCCACAGGGUCAGGUAUACACAUUUAGGGUCAUUGCUAUUAAUGAUAAAGGCAAGAGUGAUCCCAGGAUCCUUGGCAGUUUUGUUGAAACAAAAGACCUAGUCAUUCUACCUGCGGUCCUUCCCAGAUUGAGUAUGUACUGUGUACAAAUCGGCUAUGAUCUCCAAAUAGAAGUUCCAGUAGCAGGACAUCCAAAACCAACCAUCACCUGGACUAAAGAUGGUGCAGCUCUGAAACAGACCACAAGAGUGAAUGUCACAGACAGUGAACACCAUACCAUAUUUACCCUUAAAGAAGCGACAAGAGAUGAUGAUGGCAUGUACAAUAUUUCUGUUGCCAAUUCCCUGGGACAGGCUGAUGCAAGUAUUGAAAUCAUAACACUUGACAAACCUGGUCCUCCAACAGGCCCAGUGAGGCUUGAGGAUAUCAGUAUAGAUAGUGUUACCCUGUCUUGGGACCCACCAGUGUACACUGGAGGUUGCCAAAUUUCAAAUUAUGUGGUUCAAAAGAGAGACACAACCACCACCGACUGGGUUACAGUGUCUGCUACAGUUGCAAGAACAACAUUGAAGGUCACAAAUCUGAAAACUGGUGCUGAAUAUCAAUUCAGAAUUUAUGCUGAAAACAGAUAUGGCAAAAGUCAUGCUAUUGAUUCAGAACCUGUUCUCGCUCAGUACCCAUUCAAUGAGCCUGUACCUCCAGGUACUCCAUAUGUGUCAACAUUUAAUAAAGAUUCCAUGACUGUGGAAUGGCACAAACCCAUCUCAGAUGGUGGCAGUGUUAUUCUUGGCUAUCAUCUUGAAAGAAAGGAGAAGAAUAGCAUUCUAUGGACUAAGGUUAAUAAAACCCUCAUCAAAGACACUAAAUUCAAAACAUCCCCAUUGCAAGAGGGAAUCGAAUAUGAGUUCAGAGUUUAUGCUGAGAACAUUGUCGGUAUUAGCAAAUGUAGCAAAGUGUCAGAAGGAUGUGUAGCAUGUGAUCCUUGCUAUCCACCUGGUACACCUGUGGCCAUUGUUGUGACCAGACACUCAGUGAGAUUGCGAUGGACUCCUCCAGAAUAUGAUGGUGGCAGCAUGAUCACUGGAUAUGUUGUGGAGAAACGGAACCUUCCUGAUGGUCACUGGAUGAAGGCAAGUUUCACAAAUGUUACAGAAACAGAAUUUCAUGUCGAAGAACUGGCAGAAGGUUCUAGGUAUGACUUCAGGGUAGUUGCCAGAAAUGCAGCUGGUACUAUCAGCAAACCAUCUGAGAGCACUGGGUCAAUCACAGCAAAGGAUGAAGUUGAACCACCAACAUGCAAUAUUGACUCUAAGUUCAGCCAGAUCAUGGUUGUAAAUGCAGGUGACACAUUCACACUAGAAGCGGAUGUGCAAGGUAAGCCAUUACCCACAAUUCAGUGGUUCAAGGCUGAGGUGGAAGUUGAAAUGUCUGCUAGAUGUGAAACCAAGAACUCAGACUUUAAAGCAGUACUUGUGGUGAAAGAUGCCAUUAGAAUUGAUGGAGGACAAUACACUCUCCGUCUAUCCAAUGAUGCUGGAACUAAAACUGUAUCCUACAAUGUGAAAGUUCUUGACAGACCAGGGCCUCCAAAAGGACCUUUGAUUGUCUCUGGUGUGACAUGUGAAAAAUGUUCACUCUCUUGGCUUCCUCCAGAACAUGAUGGUGGCAGUAGUAUUUCUCACUAUAUCAUCCAAAAGAGAGAAACUAGUCAUCUUGCAUGGACUGAAGUUUCUAGUGAAUGGGAGACAACUCUGUUGAAAGUAACCAAGCUCAUAGAAGGAAAUGAAUACAUUUUCCGUGUCAUGGCUGUUAACAAGUAUGGUGUCGGUGAACCUCUGGAAUCUGCACCAGUGAUUAUGAGAAAUCCAUUUGUUGCUCCUGAUCCACCUAAAGAUAUCACAAUCACCAGCAUCUCAAAAGAUUCCAUGACAGUGUGCUGGAGCCGAUCAGAGAAUAAUGGUGGCAGCGAAAUUACUGGGUACAUCGUGGAGAGGAGAGACAGAGCAGGAGUUAGAUGGACAAAAUGCAACAAGCGCAGAGUAACAGAUCUUCGUUUCAGAGUGACAGGACUCACAGAAGAUCAUGAGUAUGAGUUCAGAGUCUCAGCAGAAAAUGCAGCUGGACCUGGGAAACCAAGCAAAGAAACUAUUUACUUCAAGGCCUGUGACCCCACAUUUAAAUCUGGUCCUCCCACAAAUGCUUAUGUUCUUGAUACCACCAAAAAUUCUGUCUCUCUGGCAUGGAGUAAACCAAUCUUCGAUGGUGGCUGUGAAAUUCAAGGAUAUGCUGUGGAGAUCUGCAAAGCAGAUGAGGAGGGUUGGACCAUCUGCACAUCAGCAAGCGGGCUAGAUGCCACAACAUUUACUAUCACUAAGCUCAUAGAGCACCAGGAAUAUAAGAUUCAGAUACGUGCUAUUAACAAAGAAGGAGUUGGUGAACCAGUUGCCCUUCCUGAAACAGUGAAACCUGUAGACAAAAUGUUUGUUCCAGAGAUCGAGCUUGAUGGAGAUCUGAGGAAGGGCAUUGUUGUUCGUGCUGGUGGCUCUAUGAAAAUCAAGAUACCUUUCAAAGGACGCCCUGCUCCAGAAAUUAUCUGGACCAAAGAUUCUGGGGACCUUCCUGAGAGGGCUCAAGUUGAAAAAGGCCUUGAUUACACUGUGGUAUCAAUUGACAUAUGUGAUAGAAAUGAUGCUGGGAAAUAUACCCUACAUUUGGAAAAUAACAGUGGAACCAAAUCUGCAUUUGUUAAUGUUAAAGUGUUGGACACUCCAGGACCACCAUUGAAUCUCACUGUCAAAGACGUAACAACGAAUUAUGUCACUCUGAGUUGGGAGCCCCCAGCUAUUGAUGGUGGUGCCAAAAUCAAGAACUAUGUUGUGGACAAGCGUGAUUCAACCAGAAAAUGUUAUACCAAUAUCACCACCACAUGCACUAAGACAACUUUCUGUAUAGGAGAUCUUGUUGAGGGUGAUUUUUAUUACUUCAGAGUCAUGGCUGAGAAUGAAUUUGGAGUUGGUUUACCUGCUGAAACACAGGAUGCAGUCAAAAUAGCAGAGGUCCCUCUGUCUGUGGGUAAGGUGACCUUAACUGAUGUCACUAAACACACUGUCUCAUUGUCAUGGGAGAAACCAGACUCUGAUGGAGGUGGUAGGAUUCUAGGAUACUAUGUUGAAAUGCAGCCUAAAGAAUCAGGGGAAUGGAUUUUGGCAACAACAAGUAGGAUUUGUGAGGGAUCAGUUACUGGGCUUAAUGAAGGUCAGGAAUAUCUUUUCAGAGUUUCAGCCUACAAUGAAAUAGGAAAAAGUGAUCCAAGACCAUUGCUUUCCUAUGUAAUAGUAGGAUAGUGGUAGUAGUGGUGGCAAUAGUAACAGUAGUAGUUGGUAGAUGUUGGGUAUUUUGCGCUUAAUCUCAGCUAAAUUGAAGGCACAAAAGCUAACCGCGUUAAUAUUAAAAUCAGUGAUACAUUUGGAUCAACUAAGUGCCAUUUGAGUAUUACUUUUAGCACAGCAAAGAAAUGCUUCCUCCAUCAGCCCAUUAACCUAUUAUGCUGGUUGAAGCAUAGCCAAUAAUAUUAUUGAGAAGAGGGAGAUAAGCUGUCUCUCUUGGACCAUUGUAGAAUCCAAAAUCUGUUAUGUGACCAAACUCUUGCCAAAAAUAGUAAGUAACAUCUUAACAUCGAUGACAGUGAAUGCAUAUAGUUGAACUUAUGGAAUCUGAGCCGAAAGCAAGUGCCAUAACAAGGGAUUCAAUCACUCUGACUGCCCUGAGGAGGAUGGAAGUUCAAAGAUCAUCCUGCAACAAUAUGACAGGAAGGCAUCUUUUGGACAAAAUGCAACUGUAAACAACUCAUUAAUUUGGCUGCCAGUUUAACACAUGAGAAUGUUUGAACACCAAGUCACCAUCAGAAAAUAACAACUGUGUGCUGCAGCAUGUCUUCUUCAUCUCUAAAUCCCUGUGAUUCACAACACAAGCCCCACUCUGUCCAUUGUAUAGAACAGAGCUAUUUAUGAUGGUUUUACAUCAGAUGUGUCUGGAUAUACGAUUGAAGUGAAAGAAGUCUCAGAAGAUGAAUGUACCAUUGUCACCCCACCCAUUCAGUGGCUGAAUUAACUGAAGCACAACGCAGAGGACAACUCUCACAUCUCUACAGUAAAUAUUGAACGAGGACAUUAGAAAGAUGGCCAAUGUCUGUCCAAGUGCAUCAUUGAGGCCAUUUGUCACCAUCAGCGGAAUCCCUAACCUAAGGAGGAGCCAGGUUGACGGUACCUUGACAGAGCAUGUCCAAAUGUAACAACUAA